CUGUUUGCAUGUUUUGGUUUUAGGGAGUACAAUUGUUCUGUCAUUCAUUUUUGUUUUGGCGUGCUAUUGGAGUUGAUUKUAGCGUCUGUUUUUCGAUGUUGUUKUUCUAGAAACUUUUGACAAAAGAACUUGAUGAAGCGCAGCAUAGCUCAAGUGAUUUGAUGCAAAACACGCGAGAUGGCUACACUGAUUCCUUCAAGUUUAAUCGGAGCUGCAAUCGAAGAAUUUAUGAACGAAUCGAGCAUUCAAACUUAUAACAACAUGGAGACCGUUGGUUAUACAAGAAUGUUUGAUCCUAAACUACUCUUCUUGGGAAAGAAAGAUGGYCCUUUGAAGCUCUGCCAGAAUCUCUUAGAAACAGUCGUUAAUCAUCCUAUUUUCUGUACUAGUAGACCGACGAUCAGUGUCCCAAGUUUAAUGCCUAGUGCUUUAGACCAUCUUCCAGUGACUGUCCAUGAACUACAAUUCGUGACACUUGGGAAUAAAUUCAACUGGCGUUCAAACGAACACGAAGGUUUCUUCUUUGUCACCGAUUAUGAAACCCUAAAAUUGGAAGGAACCAGAAAUCGGAGAGAAAUACCACUAGAAGACUUUAUGGAAGAUCAAAAGCUCCCAAGAAAAAAUCUAUUCGGCGUUAUUUACCAAAGUGAAGAGCCAGUGUGGUUAAGCAGUCUACACUCAGCUGAAAUAAUAAACUUUAAGAAGCGUCUUGCUUCUACCUUGAGGAUAUCGAUGGAUAGAGUGUAUUGGGUGCAAAAACCUAAUGAUUUCAUCACGUUUAUUGAAGGAGUUAUGUACGAUGUUUAUCGUUGGAGAACGGAUAAGGAAUGUGAGGAAAAUGAGAAAAUAGUUCGAGGAGAAUUCGUAGCAACUGAAGAAAGCAAGAAACAAGAACUGUAUGAUCCCGUUACUAUGUGCUAUGGUGAUAUUCCAGAAAAGAAUGGGAUAACCUUAUCUGAGGGUGUAUAACUAAGAUUUUUCUGGUAUAACAAGAUGCAGAUUUUAGUCUGUUGUGAAAUGUGGUCGUCCGGGUGAGUGUAGUCUUGAGAAAGACUGUUCGUUGGUGGUGAAUGACGUUUCAACAACCUGAGGGGAAGUCAUCUUCAGAGUCCAGAGCAGAUUUUACUCAAGGCAGAUGAUAUAAAGAAGAGAUAACUAGCUAAAUACUAGUGCGGGCUGCAUCGGUGUUUCUAAUGAAACAGUAAUGAUAAAAAAGGUAAAUUAUACACAUCCAUGAAAAGAUGAAAAAACUCACUGACGUUUCAGAUGCUAGUCCUUCAUGAAAAAACUUACUCCGAAAUGUCUUUUCAGGGUGUAUAAUUUACCUUUUUAUCUGUUACUGUUAGAUGAUAUAAAGUAAUAACCACUUUGGCUUGCAAACAAUAGUAAACAAUAGGUUGCAACAUGUAUUAGCUACUUAGGUGUGAAAUUCAACAGCUUAUAUUAUGCAGAAUUCCACUUUUGAUAUUCAAGAUUUUUUGCUAAAAAAUAUACCUGUUAUGAGUCCGAAGAAAAUUGAUUGCAACUAGCGAACUGCAUGUUAAAUAAUUCUUUCUUUUAUUUUUGAAAAUAUGCAAUAAAAUAUACAUGGUAUUUGCUAAAACAUGAACAGUUAGCAAAGAUUUAUUUUUGAAACUAAUAUACAACAUGUAUGUACAUCAUAUAAAACAGUUUUUGUUUGAUGGAAGAUUGUCUUCGCAUAAAAUAUAAUACGAUUUAA